AUGAUGUCAAUUCUUCCCAAGGGCCCAGGAUACCUUCCACAUUGGCUAUUAUUCAUUUCAGUCGUAUCUAUCUUUAAUUCAAUCCAAACGUAUUUAUCCAAGGACUUAAAAUUAACCCAAAAAGUAUACAACAACACCAAUGAAGUUACGCCUUUGAGUGCAAGAACAUUUGGUACGUGGACAAUUUUAAGCUCAAUCUUGAGAUUCUAUGGCGCUUACUACUUAGCGAACCAACAAGUAUAUGAGCUUGUCUUAUGGACUUUUUUUAUAGCCGGUGUUCAUUUCAUCAGCGAGUGGUUAUGGUAUGGAACUGCUAAGAUUGGCAGUGGACUUUUGGGUCCAUUGAUAGUUAGUUCUGUUUCCAUUACGUGGAUGGUUUCUCAGAGGGAUUUCUAUAUUUAA